AUGGAUACAGCAUCAACGGGAUCAGGAGAAUCCAGACAAGUUCGUCCAAGACACGUCAUUCAGACAAUUACCAACUCCACAAUUUCUCUGACAGAAACUGCAUCAAUUAGAAACACACACGAAGAAUCUAAAUUCAAUUAUGUUGUAAAUAGAUCAAAGAACAUCCUUAAGAAAUACGGAUCUUUCAUGGGUCCAGGGAUGUUGAUUAGUGUGGCCUAUAUGGAUCCAGGUAAUUAUGCUACUGGUAUUACUGCUGGGGCAUCUAAUAAAUACUCUUUAUUAUUCAUUGUGUUUUUAUCUAACGUCAUUGCUAUUUUCUUACAAAGUUUAUGUAUCAAAUUGGGUUCAGUUACAGGUUACGAUUUAGCUAGAUCCUGUCGUGAAUUUUUACCUAAGCAAUUAAAUUGGGUAUUGUGGGUUUUAGCAGAAUGUGCUAUUAUUGCAACUGAUGUUGCUGAAGUUAUCGGUUCUGCAAUUGCUUUGAAUAUUUUAUUAAAGAUUCCAUUGCCUGCAGGUGUUGUUAUUACCAUUGUUGAUGUUAUUUUCGUUAUGAUGGCUUACAGAGCUGAAACUUCAAGUUUGAAAUUUGUUAAAAUUUUCGAAUAUGCAAUUGCUGCCUUGGUUAUGGUUGUUGUUAUUUGUUUUGCUGUUGAAUUAUCACAGAUUACUGCUAACACAAGAGAAGUUUUCCGUGGAUUUGUACCAUCCAAAGAAAUGUUCCAAGGUAGUGGUAUGACUAUUGCUACUUCUAUUAUUGGUUCCACUGUCAUGAUUCAUUCAUUGUUCUUGGGUUCUGGAUUGGUCCAACCAAGAUUAAGAGAAUAUGAUGUCAAGCAUGGAUAUGUUAGAUUGGAUGAAAUUGUUGAAAAAGAACCAGAAUCAUCUUCCAGAGGGGUUGUUGAAGAAACUAGUGUUGCUCCAGUUUCUACCAAGAAUGAAAAGGAAAAUAAUGUCAAAGUUUCUACUUAUGAACAAGAAGCUGCUUAUUUUUACACACAAUAUAAACCUUCAUAUCUGGCCAUUAACUAUUGUUUCAAAUACUCGAUUGCCGAAUUAGCCAUUACUUUGUUUACUUUGGCUCUUUUUGUUAAUGCUGCAAUUUUGAUUGUUGCUGGUGCUACUUUGUAUGGUACUGAAGAAGCCAUUGACGCAGAUUUAUAUACUAUUCAUGAUUUGUUAAGUCGUACAUUGGCUCCAGCCGUUGGUACUAUCUUCAUGGUUGCAUUAUUGGCCAGUGGUCAAAGUGCAGGUAUUGUCUGUACUAUUGCUGGUCAAAUGGUCAGUGAAGGUCAUAUCAAUUGGACUUUGAGACCUUGGUUAAGAAGAUUAGUUACUAGAGGUAUUUCUAUUGUUCCUUGUUUAUUUAUUUCCGUUUUCAUUGGUAGAAAUGGUUUGGGUAUUGCAUUGAACAUUUCUCAAGUUAUUAUUUCCAUCUUGUUGCCUCCAUUAACUGCACCAUUGAUCUAUUUCACAUCUAGAAACAAGUAUAUGAAGGUUGAAUUAGGUGAAGAAGAUGCUGCUGAUGGGGAAAUUGAAGUUGAUGAAACUACCGGUAAGAGAUAUAGAGUGAUGACUAACAAUUGGGCAACCACAAUUAUUGCUGUUGUUAUUUGGAUCUUUGUUUCUGUAUUGAAUGUUUAUGCCAUUUAUCAAAUGGCCAAAGAUGGUGUUUCAGGUUAA